AUGAGUAUUAGUAAGAAAAGACAUCGCUGCAGUGGGUCCAAUGGCGAAGCCCCGGAAGCCGGUGGGGAUUUCUCUCGAGAGACGUUCUGGAGGAGCCUCCAUGAGGCGGCCGCCGCGCUGUCGAGGGAAGCCAGGAGCCUAGCCGCAGCCUUCUCCCGAGCCCCGCCGCCUUCCGCAGGAAUCACACUGAGAAAACUGGUACGAAAUGCCACUUUGGACAUCAUGGAUGGCAUGGUUCAGCUUGUGAAAUUACUUGUCAUACCAGCUGAAAGUUCUGAGAAUAGUGACUUUAUUUCCUGCAACAGUGUCUGUGAGGCAUGUGAGCAAGUGUCUCGGAUCCCAAGAGAUAACAAAACUGCAGCUCUUUUAAUGCUGACAAAAAAUGUGGAUUUUGUGAAGGAUGCACAUGAGGAAAUGGAGCAGACUGUGGAAGAAUGUAAUCCUUAUUCUGGCUUUAUGAACGACACAGAGGAAGACAACCCCAGUGAAGAAGAGGAUGUUCUGGGGUUUCCAAAUAACCAAGACUUAUAUUGGUCAGAGGAAGAUCAAGAGCUUCUGAUCCCAAGCCUUGCACUGGCAAGAGCUGCUAAAGCCUGCCUGCAGAAAAUCCGGAUCUUAGUGGCAGAGAAUGGGAAGAAGGAUCAGGUGGCCCAGCUGGAUGAUAUUGUGGAGAUUUCUGAUGAGAUUAGCCCAAGUGUGGAUGAUUUGGCUUUGAGCAUUUAUCCACCGAUAUGCCUUCUGACUGUGCGAGCCAGUUCGGAGGAACUUGUAUCUGUUUUUAAAAAGGCACUUGAAAUUACUAAAGCAAGUCAUGUGACCCCACAGCCAGAAGAUAGUUGGAUCCUUUUAUUCGUUAAUGCCAUCGAUCAUUGUCUGAAUAGAAUCAAGGAGCUCACUCCAAAUGAACUUGAAUUUGAAUCAUGAGGUUUGGGGCUCCUUUGUUCUCUCUUCUUAUCUUUUCUUACUCAUAGGUAGGCAAUCUUAAGUUUACUUUUUAAAUGAGCAGGAAAGCUUUCUGGAUCAAAAAGACCCUCUCAUCUACUUAGCUAGAGACACUAUUACCAAAGAUUGUUGGUUAGAUCAGUUUGGCAAUUAUUUAUAAUCAGUAAUGUAUAUGAUAUAUUUUACAUGAUAGAUACAAAAGAUAAUUGCAUGAGUUUGUGUUCCUGAACAUCUUUGAUAGAUUCCUGGGGAAAUUGCCUUAUUCCCUGUUUUCAAAAAUAGCAUGUUGUUUCAUUGUUAAUGAUUUGAUCACCUCAAAUAAAUCUCAAAUAAAGUCAUCUCAAAUAAAAA